GCAAAUAUUAAUUAUAUUAGUUACAACGUUUUAAAGUGAUUUACUUAAUAGAUUUAGUACCCGUUUCCUUGAAAUUAGUAACAAUUCUAUAACUGUGUCGCUAUGUACAUCGAAAAUGAAGACGAUUAUAAAUUUGCAGCCUGUACAUAUUUUGCCAGGAAUCAUCCUGGUGAAACGUGCGGUACCAAUGGAUUACCCCUUACUCCAAGUUCAGUAACUAUUCUAAGCAGAGCUCAACGAUUGUUGACUAUUGAACAUCCUAAUUUAUGCACUUACUUAGACGUCAUCAGGGGUAAACAUGAAAGAAUAAUUGUUGUGGCUGAAGUAAUUGGUAAAUCACUAAAGGAAUUAAAUUCAAAGUUUACCCAUCAAGAAAUUAUUAACAUUGGUCGACAGUUAGCUAAUGGUUUAAAAUUUUUACAUGAUCACAACAUUACUCAUAGAACUUUGGCUGACGAUAAUAUAUUGUUAGACAAACAUGGCAGGGUGAAAUUGUUUAAUUUUGGGAUGUAUUACAUGACUGGAAGUGGGGAAGAGGUCUCCUUUCCACUUGGUCUCCCUAAAUAUCUGAGUCCUGAAACAAUUUUGAAAGGUGGAGGGCCAGCAGCGGAUGUGUGGUCCUUUGGCAUAAUACUUCUAGAGCUAUGUAUUGGUAAAUUGUGGCACCAUUUAAAACCUGGUCCUAUAUUAAGACGAAUACUCACACUUGUGCAUGCUAGCAAUCCUGCAGAGAGGAUAGCAAGGGAACAUGAUUGUCUUGAUGCCUAUAAAGAAGUUCCUGAAAAUAUAAGAAGCAUUGUGGAGAAAUGUUUAAAAAUAAAUCCGAGUGAGAGAGCUACAUUCACUAUACUAGCUGAGGAAUUGACACAAAUUGAUAACAAAGAGUUAGUAGCCGUAAAACCUGCGCGUGGCCUCAUGGGAUGCAAGCUGCAGUUUCUUUACUAUUGGUGGCAGUUGACAGGAGGAGAUAUACAGGCAGAGUUGAAAAAAAAUUGCCUAAUCAAGAACAGCCCGCCAAUAUUGUCUCUGCCUAUAGCAAUUCUCUUAGACGGUUGCACAGUAGGUAGGAAGACUGGAGCUCUGUAUGAUCGUCGUAUUGCAAAAUAUAGUCUGGAUUUGUUGAAAAUACGCCUCAAUCAUAUAUCACCGCAUGAUUUCUAUCCACUCAUGCACGAGAGGAAGAAGGAAUAUGAUGCUGUCGCACUGCCCAAGAUAAUUAGAGAGAGGGAUACAGAGUAUCAAUUUUAUAGAUUAAUGUGGUUUCACAGGUUGUUACAUGGAUAUCCAUUCACAUCGCCGUACAUAAGAGCGGAGGCGGAGAUAGACAUACCGCCGCUAGUGCGCGGCGACGUAUGGGCGGCUCUACUUGGCGUCGUUGGCGAUAUACAGGAUCAGUACGAGAGGAUAGACAAAGAGACACCAACGCCUACUGACAGACAGAUAGACGUGGACAUCCCUCGGUGCCACCAGUACUGUUUGCUGCUAAGCGGCUCAGAUGGUCACCGAGCACUCAAGCGAUUGCUCAAAGCGUGGCUGCUGACUAAUCCACAGUAUGUCUACUGGCAAGGUCUAGACUCACUCACAGCGCCAUUUUUGUAUUUGAACUUUUGCAAUGAAGCUCGCGCUUUUGCCUGCCUCUCGGCGUUCGUUCCCAAAUUUCUGCACAAGUUCUUCUUGAAGGACAACAGUUCUGUGAUAAAGGAGUAUUUGGCCAAGUUCUGGCAGAUGACUGCAUUCCACGAGCCCAAGUUAGCUACCCAUCUGCACGAGAUAAAUUUCGUGCCAGAAUUAUUUGCGAUACCCUGGUUUCUGACUAUGUUUUCACAUGUUUUCCCACUACAUAAAAUCGUUCACCUCUGGGACGCUUUAUUAGUAGAAGGUCCGUCACUGCCAUUGUUUAUGGGCGUUGGUAUAUUGCGACAACUACGCGAUACACUGCUGGCAUCAGGUUUCAAUGAGUGCAUAUUACUGUUCUCGGAUCUGCCUGAAAUUGAUAUUGGUGAAUGUGUCAAGGAGUCCAUAGACAUGUGUCGGAGUUCUCCGCGCAGUAUUAGUUACAGAAGAUUUACUAAUGAAGCUGAAAUAAAAGAUCCAAUGGAUGUAGUAGAGAUACCAAUGGAUACCCUAUUCACUGAGAUUUGUCCACGCAUCUGUCUCUCCGAUUUCUUCUCAUUGAUAUGCCAAAACAAGAGCUGUGUUAUCGACAUAAGGUCUAAUUUACUGUACGAGAAAAGUUGCAUCGAAGGCAGUAUCAAUGUACCAUUCAGCGGAGUGCAGCUGGGACAUGUAUCGCUUCGCUCGCUUGGCAUUCCAGCGCAGAACGCGCUGCAGGCAGCCGCUCGGCCGCCUCGUGUCGUCGUCGUAGCGGGCCAUGCAAAUGAUGACAGUGCUCGUCUGUUCAGCGAGUAUUUAGUGAAGUGUGAUGUGGCCAGAGUGUGUAUUCUCCAUGGUGGUAUACCAGCAUUACAAGCACAAGUGCCCUCUCUCUUCACAACUCCGCCCAAGAGGAAUUGACGGCAACAGAGAGAAUACGAUCAGUUAAUGCGAAAUUUCUAAUUGUGAUAAUAAAAUACAGAUAUACUAUUGCGAGCAUUAUGCGAGCCCUUGUUAUUACUUUUGUAUAUAAUUAUAUAUU